UGUUAAAUACCUUCAGUCCUUAUGUGCCAUGCGUCGCUUGUGAUGACCAAGCGGACGAAUCGGUGAUCCUAUACCAAACGCAUAAGCUUUGUUUGCUGCCUUGGCUUGCUUCGAUCCGUAGGACCAAACAUAUUAGUAGAAUCAAAGGGCAGUAUAGCUUCCGUCCCGACGUUUCCAUGCUAGCAUCAGCACGUCCGCCGACCCCAGUAUUGCGGGGAUGUAAGCGGCUGCGCAUGAUACCAGAUGCGAGAUUUGGGACAAAAAUAUCGUCGAGCAAAGGGCAUGUGCCCCCAGCCAGCCCUUUAAUAGCAGCCCACCCCACGGCGGUGCUAGAUGCUGCGUGUGCCGCUUGUUGCAUCGUUAUCCUUGCGGCGUCAGCAUCCCGGAGGCUCAGAGAAGCAAGGCAAAGAUCACUCCGAUGCCAGCCAUCCUCUGCGCCGCAACACCAGCAGCAGCAGUUGUUACCCAAUCAGGCAUCAAUCGCAUUCCCGUCGGCAGUCCCUUCCUCGGCUCUUCCUGGCGAGCUCGUUGCCGCUUGCACUUUGCUAACAGCUCUCAGCAACCUGGCAUACAAGCUACCGAGCAACAGUCGCAUGGCAGCAGUGCAGCCGGGUGCUGGCGGGGGCGGGGGUGUCGCACUGGAGGCCGCCGCCCGACUGGCCCGACUGGAGGCGCUCACGGAGAAGCAGCUGGCUGAGUUUGGGGCAGCUGUACGACAAAUAGACAAGCUGCAGGUGAUGUGUGGAUAAAGUGACGCAGCUGGUGUCGCGUUGCUGCUGCACGCUGCUACUGUUUUGUGCGCGUCACUGAGGGGGCUCUGGGGUGUUAGG